AUGCGCGAAAAUCAAUUGAGAUUCGUAAAUUCGCAUGAAUUCGAACUAUUUUUUGCACGUUAUCUUGCAAAAAUCUUUGAUGAUCGUGUUUUCAUAAAUCGUGAGGACAUCGUUUAUGCUGAACAAAUGGAAGAGUUAUGUCAUACAUCUGCUUCUUGGAGAUUACCUAAUAAAUAUUGCGAUCAAAUUCUGAGUGAUAUUUGUCUAAAUCAUCAGGUUUUAGAGAAAAUAAAAAAUGCAUCGUCUUCAUUAACGGUUUUAUGUAGUGGAAAUUUGAACAAUUCGAGAUUUGCGAAAGAAUUUGAAAUUUGUCAUUGUUCGAAUGAUGGCACUUCAGAAAUUUUUGAACCUUCUCUGAAAAGGUGUUUAAAUUUAUUUCUAUGCAUUUUAUCUUGUGCUAUCGAUAGUCGAGACGCAUGGAGUGUAACUCAAUUUUUUGAUCAAUUAUGUCCGCAUGUUUUGCCUUGUCUCCGACGUAAAGCUCAAAAAACUUCAAGUCAACUUAAUAUUAUGUCGGUUCUCAUUUCAUAUUCGAAUUCGGAAAUGAUUGAGAAUGAUUCCGAAAUGAAUCCAACAUUGCUUUCAUAUUCUUCGAUUAUAAAGAAAUUCUUAGAUGUUAUUUCAUCAAUUGCUGAUAAAUUACACGAUGAUAAACCACCAAAAAAAAUCAUUUCUUCGAUUAUCAAAGAAGCCAUAAAUUUUUUGAAAGUCGUUAAAUUUAAAUCUGAAAUUUCUUCACCGGAUGCCAUAAUUCCCUUCAUCGAACGCUAUCUUAUAGAUAUCGAACAAAACUUCAUCGUUUUGCGGAAAAUUAUUGAUAAUUAUGAACAGGAGAAAUCAUUUGCGAUUACGGAAGCUUAUAUUUUUGCAUUGGCUUUACGCGAUCGACUUUCUUGUCUAUGUUUAAGCGAUAAUACAAUAGUAAUUUCCGAACUAUUUGAGACUCCAAAAUCUACGAAGAAACUCACCACAAAAAAAUCGCUAAAAACGAAACAAAAAUGCGAAAAUAUAACAUCAACGAUGCCUGAAAAAGCGCUAUCUUCAUUCAUUAACUUUGGUACACCAGAAAGAAAAAAAUUUACCACAUCAAGAAGUGCAAAUACAACGGCUGAUUCUGGUAUUGUAGGCGAUUAUUCAGAUUUUUUCGAUGAAAAUAAAGAAAAUCUCGAUCCUGAUUCUGCUAUUGUAAUUGAUUUUGAUGAUAAGAAGGAUACCAAACAAGAACAGUGUAGCAGUUCGUCUUCCAUAUGUCGUUUUAAUACAGUUAAUGAUGGCUUCAAAUCAUCAAAUAUUCAUGAAACAAUUGCUACAGUUGAGUCUAAAAUGAUUAAUAAAAAUCAUUCGAAACAAGCCCAUUAA